CGAGCACCUGCCUAACUACGAUCAGUUCUUUCCAUGUAAAAAUCAAGAUUACUGCCUUUUUUUACUAGCUGAUUAGUUUCCAAGUUGAGCAGACGACCCGCCUAUAUAAGACGGAUUAUUCUGACGAGGAUUUCAUACUUCUCUCGACUGUUCAUCUUAAACGUCAGGCAGAGAUGAUGGCGUCUUUCUGGCCGCUGUGCGCUCUUGUCGUACUGCUCGCCGCAGUCGGCUCCGUCUCCAUCGCAUCCGCCUCCGUGGCCGACGCAGGUAGCUCGUCUCUCAAUUCUUCGCUGCUCGCAUCGGCGGCUCCUCCGCCAACCGCCGUCCUUCCCCGCAAGGUGCUCCGCCCUGCAGGCGUGGGCGCAGACGUGCCGCACCGCGUGAGCCUCGGCUGCGCCGGCGCGGACGACAUCGCCAUCGAGCAGGGCCCGGGGACGACGCUGCCCAGCGGGGUCCCGUCCUACACGGUGGACAUAAUCAACCGCUGCUCCGGCGCAGGACGCGAAGCGUGCGCCAUCUCUGGCAUCCGCGUGCGCUGCGGCUGGUUCAGCUCCGUCACCCUCGUCGACCCCAGCAAGUUCCGCCGGGUGGCGCCCGACGACUGCCUCGUCAACGACGGCAAGCCGCUCUUGGCUGACGACACCAUCUCCUUCGAGUACGCCAACUCGUUCCAAUACAAGCUCUCCGUCGCCAAGGCCACCUGCGUCCACCCCGCCGCCGACACCUCCGACUAGCCGUAUCGUAUGCACGGGCCUAGCUAGCUAGCACUUUCUUUCGACACUUAUUGUAGUAUGCACAAGUUAGUACUUAGUACUACUACUAUGGACGGACAAUAUCAUCGGACAAAAAUAUAAGGUGUUUGCAUGAUUUUAUAACUAUUAUAAACACCAUCGACAUAUAUCAAAGUUUUUGAUGUGCAUUGCA